AUGUCCCUAGUGGAGUUACAAAGUGGGCCCGGUAGGUGGAGAUGUGGGAAAAGACAAACGGAGCCACCGUCAUCAACCGUAAGCUUCAUGCGUACGGUUAAGUUUACCUUUCUCCUUAUGGGUUUGAAGCAUCAUCUCCCGAAGGCUAGAAAUGCUUACAACUCAAUUACCAUUCUUAUUGGCUUGAAUGGGUUUGAAGCAUCAUCUCCCGAAGACAUUGGCAAUCUCGCAGUAUCCCACUUUCAGGAGACUCUAGGACCCACAACACACACAACAUCUCCAGCUCUGAUCUCGCAGGUGGCUGCUCUGGUGCGCACAGACCGGUUCUCUUGCUCCCCUGAGCAGGCAAUCAUUCUCUCCAGAAUACCAUCACCUGAGGACAUUACAAAGACCAUGUUUAGACUCAACCAGAACAAGAGUCCAGGUCCAGAUGGAUACACUUCAGUUUCCAGACUUAAACCUCUCCUCCCUAAUAUCAUUCUUCCCAAUCAAACUGCAUUCAUUAAAGGGAGACUCCUCAUCGAAAACUGCCUUCUUGCAGCAGAGAUUGUCUCUGGUUAUCACAGGCAAAAUGGUCGGAAAAAACUUACCUUGAAGAUUGAUAUUGCCAAGGCCUUUGACUCUGUCAGGUGGGACUUCCUAACUGCCUGUCUUGAAGCGCUAAACCUUCCUGCUGAUUACAUCACAUGGCUACCUUCUUGUUACUCAACUCCAACUUACUCAGUUGGCAUCAAUGGGAGGCUCCAUGGCUACUUCAAUGGCACAAGAGGACUCAGGCAGGGUGACCCCCUUUCACCAUACCUGUUUGGCAUAGUAAUGAACACACUCUCUCAGAAACUGAAUGAAGCUGCACAGACGGGACGGUUCGGGUUUCACCCUAAUUGUCAAGAAUCAGGGCUCACACACCUCUGCUUUGCUGACGAUAUCCUUAUUUUCACUGACGGCUCAUCCUCGUCUGUCCAAGGAGUUCUCCAAGUUCUAGAAGAGUUCAAAGCCUUCUCAGGUCUGUCAAUCAGCGUGGAGAAGUCCUGUUUUUUCUCUAGCGGGUUGACUGAAUCAGAAACUUCCACCAUAGUCUCUUCCUCUGGAAUUCCGCUCGGCUCCCUCCCUGUCCGGUACCUAGGCCUACCUCUCAACUCAAAGAAGCUGUCUCUUGCUAACUCCGAGCCGCUCCUGCAGCAGAUCAGAACAAAAAUUAGUGCAUGGACAACAAAAUACUUGUCGUUUGCUGGCAGACAAGUGCCCAUCUCAACAGUCAUAGCAGGUAUUACUAAUUUUUGGUGUGGAGCUUUUGAGUUACCUAAAGAAUGUAUCAGCGCCAUAGACAAAAUGUGCAACGCUUUCCUCUGGAAAGGCACAUUGGAGGGUAAGUAUGUGGCUAGAGUGGCAUGGGAAAAGGUUACUCAACCGAAACAGAGUGGGGGACUUGGGCUCAGAAACCUCGGGCUCUGGAACCAAACUUGUACCAUCAAGCUUCUCUGGCUCCUGCUAUUUAAAACAGAAUCAAUAUGGGUUGCUUGGAUACAUCAAAAUGUCAUUAAAGAUGAUAGUAUCUGGCAAAUGAAGCCAAAGCAGCAGCAUACCUGGAUCUUCAAGCAAAUCUUAGCUCAAAGGCAGACAUCAAUUCAAUGGGUUCAAAUAGAUCCAGGGAAUGGUGUUGAUGUCAACUUCUGGUUUGAUCCUUGGACAAAGUUUGGUCGACUAAUCAAGUUCUUAGGGCCGAUGGGACCUCGCCUUACUGGAAUUCCUCUCACAACCGCAGUGGCAGAGCUCUGGAGGGAUGGCGCUUGGGCUUUACGGUCUGCGCGAUCUCAUCAAAUGGAGGAAUUGCUUAUAUAUCUCACAACAAUCUCCUUAUCUGAUUCAUCUAGCUUUCCACAAUGGCUAAUCAAUGGCAAGAUUCAAACUUCCUUCAAAAGCACCCUCAUUUAUCAUUCGCUAGUGGAGUCACCAACAGUACCUUGGUACCCACUCAUCUGGAUCAAGAGAGGUAUACCUAAACACAAAUCACUAGCUUGGCUAAUGCUUCUCAACAGGUGCCCUACUAGAGACCGCCUCCUAUCUUGGGGUCUCAAUACAGAUCCGUUAUGCCUCCUCUGUAACCAAGACAAUGAAUCGAGAGAUCACAUCUACUUCAACUGCUCAUACUCCAGUGCUGUCUGGAACCAUUUCUCCUCGCGGUUCGCCAUCAACUCAGCAACAAACACGUGGGAUGACAUCACUAACUCUCUACAAUCUCAAUCCAUCUCCAGUAAGCACAAAUAUCUCUCGAUCCUCACUUGGCAGGCGACGGUGUACGAUCUGUGGUGGGAAAGGAACGAUCGGCUUCACCGAGGGAAUCAUCGAUCAACGGACCUGAUCAUUGCCAAAAUCUCUGCAACGAUCAAGAACAAAAUCUCUGCACUGCGGCCUCAGAACAAUUCCCUUGCUAGCGAACUGAUGCAAUAUUGGUUCCUUCUCUUCCCGUAA